AUUUUGCGAGGCAGCGGCAGUGGCGGCGGCAGCGGUGGCUGGAGCCUCUGAUUGGGUUUCGGAGUCCGGUACUGGAGCCAAUCAGCGCGGGCAGCGAACCGGGGGAGCGAGGCACGGUGUGCACCUCAUAGUCUUCUGGUAUCUCCAGAGUGAAGCUCACGGUGGAUAGGAUUCUAACUUGGAGGGACCAUGGAGCAAUAUACAGCAAACAGCAAUAGUUCCACAGAGCAAAUAGUUGUGCAGGCUGGACAGAUUCAGCAGCAGCAGCAGGGUGGUGUCACUGCUGUCCAGUUGCAGACUGAGGCCCAGGUGGCAUCCGCCUCAGGCCAGCAAGUCCAGACCCUCCAGGUAGUCCAGGGGCAGCCAUUAAUGGUGCAGGUCAGUGGAGGCCAGUUAAUCACAUCAACUGGCCAACCCAUCAUGGUCCAGGCUGUCCCUGGUGGACAAGGUCAAACCAUCAUGCAAGUACCUGUGUCUGGGACACAGGGUUUGCAGCAGAUACAGUUGGUCCCACCUGGACAGAUCCAGAUCCAGGGUGGACAGGCUGUGCAGGUGCAGGGCCAGCAGGGCCAAACCCAGCAGAUCAUCAUCCAGCAGCCCCAGACAGCCGUCACCGCUGGCCAGACUCAGACACAGCAGCAGAUUGCUGUCCAGGGUCAGCAAGUGGCACAGACUGCUGAAGGGCAGACUAUUGUUUAUCAGCCAGUUAAUGCAGAUGGCACCAUUCUCCAGCAAGUUACAGUCCCUGUUUCAGGCAUGAUCACCAUCCCAGCAGCCAGUUUGGCAGGAGCACAGAUUGUUCAGACAGGAGCCAAUACCAACACAACCAGCAGUGGGCAAGGGACCGUCACUGUGACACUACCCGUGGCAGGAAAUGUGGUCAAUUCAGGAGGAAUGGUCAUGAUGGUACCUGGGGCUGGCUCUGUGCCUGCUAUCCAAAGAAUCCCUCUACCUGGAGCAGAGAUGCUCGAAGAAGAGCCUCUCUAUGUGAAUGCCAAACAGUACCACCGUAUUCUUAAGAGGAGGCAAGCCCGGGCAAAACUAGAGGCAGAAGGGAAAAUUCCAAAGGAAAGAAGGAAAUACCUGCAUGAGUCUCGGCACCGUCAUGCCAUGGCACGGAAGCGUGGUGAAGGUGGGCGAUUUUUCUCUCCAAAGGAAAAAGAUAGUCCUCAUAUGCAGGAUCCAAACCAAGCUGAUGAAGAAGCUAUGACACAGAUCAUCCGAGUGUCCUAACCCCAGGCCAUGUGAUGGAACUGAUCAAGAUCUGUUCCUUGCCACUGUUUCCCACUGUUCCAGGAAAUUGAUCAGCUCUUCCAAUGGGACACUGACGAUCACACUCUGCCCUUUUCUACAGGACAGAAACCACUUAGUUUUUAAUAAGUGGCUCAGUAUUAUAAUUGCAGUGAUGUCUGGCAAAUUGAAGUUGCAAGCCUUUGUCUUACUCUUUCAGUCAGGACCUAUUUCAGACUGUUGAUGACAUUGAUAUUUCGUGGAUUAGGAUGAUGCAAGGAGACACGUGCCGGCCGAGCAGGACACAAGCACUUAUAUUGACUGGUAAAGCCAGCCAGCCACCUCAGCAAGGAAGAACAACCUUCUCAACCGAACUACAAUCAGAGAAGCCUCUCAGCCUACUCCUUCCCAUGGAAUUUAGACAGCAUCCAUCCCUCUGGUCAGGGAUCCCUGGCUGACUAAAUGGACACUUUAUAUUCAGAGAUGGCUUCCAGGCGGGGAAGUUCCAUCCAAUAAAUUCUCUGAGAUACAUUCAUCCAA